GACGUCAUCGAAUUAUCACGGACAUACAGUAUCCUCCAUAACCAUGUUGUAGGUAGUAAACACCUAUUGUCAGCUACACGAGAAGCAUUCUCCACAGGUUUUGCUCCCACGAGUAUACGUGCUGUAUGCUGAACAUCUGCAAAAGACCGAGACGACUUCUACUGUCCUUCAAUUUCUGGAAGAUGUCCGGGCGGAGAAGGGCGAGCAGUUUCUCGUAGGUGUAGCUUCGCAGUUGAUUAACCACUGGAAGCACCAGAUCGAUAGUUCUGUUGAAGUGUGGACGGAGGCAUCCUUAGCUAGGCGAAGUGGGCUUCUAACAGCCACUAAGAGCGUGAUACUGAGAUUUAUGGGUAAAGACGAGCAUUACAUGGAGAUAUACGAAACUCUAUGUUCUAUUCAGAAACUACAGGAGAAUCAUAACAUGUAUGUCAUCUCUCCUCAGCUUGAAAAUAAGGAAUGGAGAAAUGCUUCAUUGAAAGAUUAUAUCGUCCGUGAGGAGCGAACGUUACUUGAGAUAAAAAGAAAGAGUAUCGUACAGGUCAUUGCAUUUUCACGGCUGCUUCGCAUGACGCGGGAUGAAGCCAGUAGAUUGUCUAUCAAACUUGCCAUAGAUUCUGGCAAUCCCCUGGGAACGCUGACAAUCAUCAGCGUGUUCAUGUCCUGA